AUGCGACUGCCGCUGCUCGUGUCCGUGGGUGUCCUGCUGGUGGCUCUGCUGCCGUCCCCGCCAUGCAGGGCCCUCCUCAGCCGGGGGCCCAUCCCGGGUGCCCGGCAGGCAUCGCAGCACCCCCAGCCCCUGAGUUUCUUCCAGCCGCCACCGCAGCCCCAGGAACCCCAGGCUCUGCCCACCCUACUCCGCGUUGGGGAGGAAUACUUCCUCCGCCUGGGUAACCUCGAUGAGACCCGGGCUGCUCCCCUCUCUCCUGCCGCCUCGCCACUCGCCAGCAGAAGCAACAGUCGCCUUUCUCCGGACAAGGUGGCCGCCAACUUUUUCAGAGCGCUGCUGCAGCCCCGGCGCCCACUCGACAGCCCAGCGGGUCCCGCCGAACGCGGCACGGAGAACGCCCUCGGCAGCCGCCAGGAGGCGCUGGCUGCCAGGAAGAGGCGAUCACAGGAACCUCCCAUCUCCCUUGAUCUCACCUUCCACCUCCUCCGAGAAGUCCUGGAAAUGACCAAGGCCGAUCAGUUAGCGCAGCAAGCUCAUAGCAACAGGAAACUCUUGGACAUUGCUGGGAAAUGA